AUGUCCACUCCAUCUGUGCGCAAAGAGUCUUCGUCUGCGCUGUGCAACCUUGCGGACGAGUUCGACAAGCACGUGAGCGUGCUCAAUAAAUUAGAAGAUCCCAGAGAGCAUUGGAAUUCGUUCCUAGUUGAACUGCUCAGCAGCAAACUUGACCCGUUGACGCAAAAGGAGUGGGAGAAUCAGUUUCAGGAGAAUGUGCGGCCAGUGUAUGCUGACCUGGUUGCCUUCAUCCAAAAACGUUCUCGCAUUUUGCAGUCAAUUACGCUCUCCCAACCUUCGCCUUCUACGAGUAAAUCCGAACCGAAGCAUGAGUCCAAACCCUCUCGGCCGAAAACCACGUUGUACCACUCAGCCAACAGUGAUAGCACUCAAAAGUGCAGUUUGUGUAAGCAAUCGCACACACUAUCGCAGUGCGAUGAAUUUAGGAAGCUAACGCCUCAAAAACGCUUCGAGUUGGCUAAACGGCAAGGACUUUGUCUAAAUUGCCUAAAAUCAUCUCAUAUGAUGAAAAAUUGCUCAGCUGGUUCGUGUCGUACCUGCAAUAAACGUCACCACACACUUUUGCAUUUGAACUCGCAGUCUGUCAGCAAUACAGAGUCCCACGAUAAAUCUGUGGCAGCACAGGUUGGCCAAUGUCAGCAAUCCUCACAAUCGGCCACGGUCGUCGAAUCGCCGUCGUCGGUGCCGUGCAUUGUCGAUCAAUGUCACGGGGUCCCUCGGGUUACGGGACAGGCCUCGUCGCCGUCGGAUAGGCCAACCAAUCGUUCGUUAUCGUCCGUUUCGUCGCCGGUUCCCCCGGUUAUACCGUCAAGCUUAGCUCAAAGCUCCUCGCAAGUGACGAACUGCCAAACCGUCACACCCAAUCACUCUUUCGUAUCGAAAGCAUGUAUCUCGUCAGUAUUCAUGCUUACUGCCUACGUGAAAGUCCAACACGUGGAUGGCACUCAUAUUCUCGCUCGCGCCUUGCUGGAUUGUGCAUCCGAAGCCAAUUUCGUAACUCAAUCUCUCGCUCAACGGCUUUGUUUGAAACGCACACCAGCCAAUAUCGAUGUGUACGGUAUCAGUCAAACAGUAAAACAAGUGAAGCACAAAACGAUCAUUACUGUAUCGUCGCGCUACGGUUCGUACACAAGUAGCAUGGAAUUUCUAAUUUUGCCCACAUUGACUAGAGUCCUACCCACUGCAACUGUCGACAUUUCGAAAACAACCUGCGCCCCCUCCGUCGUCUGCAACGUGUCAUCGAUCGACAACCUGGAGUCGAUGGUUCACAAGUUUUGGGAGGUGGAGAGUUUUGAGAAGGGAAAGGCGCUCUCGUUGGAGGAGCUAUACUGCGAGAAUCAUUUCCGAAAGACACACUAUAGAGCUUCUGACGGUCGGUACGUGGUUCGUUUGCCGAUGCGUGGGGAGAUGCUUGACUCGUUGGGAGAGUCGUUCAGAAUCGCCGAGCGGCGGUUUUCGGCAAUCGAGAGGAAGCUGUCGUCUGACCCACAACUACACGCAGAGUACUCUAAGUUCAUGGAUGAGUACCUAUCGUUGGGGCACAUGGAGGAAAUCAAGCCUGAUUUAUCUCCGUCCACCCCGCACUUCUAUCUUCCUCACCACGCAAUUCAGCGGCCCGACAGCACCACCACGAAGACACGCGUGGUAUUCGACGCUUCGUGUCGCGGCAGCAACAACAUUUCGCUGAACGAUCUCUGCUAUGUUGGUCCCACCGUUCAACCGCCCCUCAUCGCUACACUCGUCAACUUUCGCAUUCCUCGUUUUGCGGUGAGUGCGGAUGCUGAGAAAAUGUACCGGCAAGUGUGGGUUCACCCGGAUGACUCUUUGCUGCAACUGAUCCUGUUUCGGGAGAAUCCAGCCGAGGAAUUGAAGACCUAUCGGCUGAAAACGGUGACGUAUGGGACUGCCCCUGCACCGUAUCUCGCUACACGCGUUCUGAAUCAGCUCGCCGAGGACGAAGCCGACAAGUACCCUCUCGCUGCUCCAAAGGUUGGAAAAUGUUUCUACGUUGAUGAUUAUUUCUCGGGGGACGACAACGAACAACGCUUGGUGGAAACGAACCAUCAGCUAAUCGAGCUGCUACGUUCAGGUGGAUAA